AGGCAACAAGCUAAGUUGUUCGUGUUGUACCUUAGCCUUUGGGGUACAUUUGUUGUUGUUUUAAACUUUCCCUCCACAAGCUAAAAGAAAGCAAGCUACGUUAAAUUAAGUUGGCUACUGACUGUAUGUGUUAAUGUUUCACUCAGAAGCUUUGUUCACCUUUACUGGUUGUGUUAGCAUCAGUUAACAAACGGUUUUUUGGUCUCCAAUAUCUGUGACAGCCGUAACAUUUGCAUUAGCUUUGCUAUUGGGCAAAAGGAAGUAAAGUUGGGAUGGAGGCAAACACACUUGAGGAAAAGCUUCUCCUCUACGCUAAAGAAGGCAGUUGUUCUCAUAUUCAGAGCCUCCUUCAGUCGAGAAUCAACCAAAGCAGCUCUCUGAACAUCAACUGCAGAUCCAGAUCUAAAGCCAGUUUAGGAUGGACCCCCCUCCACCUGGCCUGCUGCUCUGGACACAGGGAAGCUGUGCAGGAGCUGCUUAAGGCAGGUGCUGAUGCAAAUUUGCAGAAUAACAUGGGUGACACACCUCUACACAAAGCAGCGUUUACUGGGAGAAAGGAGAUUGUUCUCUUGCUGCUGCGGUAUGAUGCCUGUUCCAACAUAAUCAAUGGAACAGCUCAAAUCCCUAAAGAUGUGACAGAGGAUGAUGAAAUCAUUACAAUGCUGGAGGCUGCAGAGAGGAGAGAGACAAGGCGGUGGGAGGAGAAGCUUCUGGAAGCAGCCAGAGAGGGGGACAUCUCCACUCUGUCUAAACUGGUCUGA